CCGUGUGUCUACAGCGUUCCUCUUUCCUCUGCGCAGCGGAUCCCAGCGGCCAAAUCCUGUAUUUAAGAGGCUAAGCUGUACGUGUUAAACGAGGAUGAAGUAACUGUAUUUUCUCUUCACGUUAACUCUUUCUUGGUCUUUGAGUCAUGAACAAAUAGGCCUUGGAUAGUUGAAUGGAGAGAGUAAGAAAGCACAUUUGGCAGGGCCCAUCUCAGUUCUUAUUGGUUCUUAUUCAUUCCUUACAUACAUUCCUGUUUUUUUUUUUGAAACUUUACAUACAUUCCUGUUGAUAAGUUUAUGUUUGUUUAAUCUAUCUUGAAACAUCGGCAUUGUCAAGUCAUCUUGGUUUGCGUUGAUAUUCUUUUUGAAAUAAAUUUGCGCUGAUAUUCAGAGGUAUGCGUUGUGUUCUGCACGAGUGCACGUGCAGGGCAACAGGAACGCAGCAAGCCCGCGCCAACGGCAGUGCCAACGCCAAGCCAGGUUCUGGAAACAGAAGGCCUCGGUCGGGACAGCGAGGGCCGGGUGGCCCGGACAACAUGCGCCACAACUACCGCGGCGUUCGGCAGCGCUCGUGGGGCAAGUGGGUGGCGGAGAUCCGCGAGCCCAACUCCGGCAGGCGCCACUGGCUGGGCACCUUCAACACCCCCGUCGACGCGGCCCUCGCCUACGACCGGGCGGCCGAGGCCUUCUACGGAAACCACGCGCAGCUCAAUUUCCCCGCUGACCAAGCUGCCGCCGUCACCGUCGCCACAGCCGCGCCGGCGCAGUGGCAGCCCCCGUCCUGCUCUCCCGCUCCCGCCACCACCGCCGACGUCUUCGAGGAGAAUCAGGUGAAUCCACUGGUUGAUGUUGCGCAGGGUGCGGGCGGAGGGGAGGUUGCCAACCAGCCACAGCAGCAGGGCGCUUCUUGGUUGUCGCCUGAGGCUGUGCGCGAUGAUGACCCGAAUGACAUUUCCAUGUACAUCGAUUUCGAUGCUGUUGACCACAUGGUGCCUUGUUUUCCUGGCAUCAAGGCAGAUGAUUGCCAGCCUGACUGACGGGUUCGACGGCGACGCCGUCCACUCUCCGCUGUGGGCGCUGGGUGGCUGAAAUGGUAUAUGCUGGAGACUGAGACAGUGCGAGAUGGCCAUUUCGCUGACAACUUCUGAUGGUUCGUCUUUCUGGCAGGAUUAGGAAUGGAACUUAGCUUUGUUGGUACUACCUGGUAGUCUCUUCUAGUUGUUAGUAAGUAAUUAGUAGCUAGCUGAGCUUCGUUGCGUGUAGGACAAUAGUCAGUGGUGCCUUCGUCUGCAUAUUCUUUAGUCAGGUGACUGUCUGUAGUGAUCUGCAGAUUGUCAUCCUGUAUAGGAUGAGAGACCAUGGUGAGUUGUGUUCUUUAAUACCCUGAUUACUGUAUAAUGUAGCAAUCCCCUGGUGUCAUGAAAUGCUGGCUGGACGCAGACUUGGCGAUUUGCCAGGAUCCCAAGUUGUUUUCAGCUGACGGGCAUGAACAGCAGCACAGUAGAUUCGGCAGGCCUUUGAAAGUUGAAACGCUAGGACUGGGCUACUGGUCUUCGUACAAAGCACGCCCUUCUUAACUAGAAAGGGCAACAGUUUACUGUAGGUCUACAAUUUGUACAGUUUCAUCAUUAGAGGGGGAAAAGUACAGUUUGCUCCGAACAAUGUUACAUUUUGUAUGCAAAGAACACAGUACCAAAUGCACCCAA